GCCUCCGCGCCCCGCACCGCCCCCCAAGACACACCCCGCAACGGGCACCGCCCCCAGGGCGCGCCCCUAGUCCAGGCAGCCAGCCCUAACCAAAAGAUGGGGGACGCUGGAGCUGGAGGAAGUGGUGUCUGUUCAAGGUCACAGAGUAGUAAGUGGCACAAGGCCGUUCAAGAUUUAAAGCUGAACCUGACUCACGUCUACCUUAGAAUCCAUUCUCCUGAGCAUCAAAACCUCAGCCCCAUUUAUUCACUUAUUCCACAAAUAUUUAUUGAGAUCCUGCCUGCGCUGAGGUCUACACAGGCAUCGAGAAUAUACAGUUGAACAAAUCAGAAAGCCCUGCCCUUAGAAGCUUACAUUCCAGUGGGAGGAGACAGACGAUGAAAAAUAUAAAGAAAGAAAAGAUACAGUGUGUCAAUGAUAAAUGAAAAGAAAAUUCAAUAAAAAACAGGGCGGUGGGGGGAUAAGAAACCUCUUUCUUUAUAUCCCCAAGGAUACGUAUCUCAUUGGCUCAAUGAAAGUUUACCUCAUUCAUCUGUGUCUCCCCCUCCCUCCCCACCACACACACAUCCGUUUCCCCGAGCCGAGGGCAGUCCCUGGCACAUUCUAUGGCAGAUCUCGCUUUGGUAAAUAAGUUUAGGGGUCCUGGAUUCUAGGCCUUGGGCAAGUCCCUGCCCCUCUCUGGGCCUCAGUCUCCCCAUCAGUUUAUGGAGGAGUUGGACUAGAAAGGGUCCCUAAGGUCCCUUCCAACUCUGACGCUCUAGGAUUCUAUGAAUAGGGUUAAAGAGAACAGGGACCAGCGAUUGCUUCCCCACCCUAGCAACUGUUGCCAGACGAGGGCCAUCUCCCGGUCCCGGCGAGCGCUGGUGCGGACGGGAGGCUCCUGGCCCGGCGGACUGACUGGAGCACGGACGCUGCAGCCGGUUGGGCCGGUGCCCUUUCCCGCUCUGGAAAGGAAGAGAAAUGGAAGUGAAAAAAUUGAGCAUUUCCUGGCAGUUCUUGAUAGUUCUGGUUCUGGUCCUGCAAAUUCUGUCUGCGUUGGAUUUUGACCCAUACAGAGUCCUAGGGGUCAGCCGAACAGCCAGUCAGGCUGAUAUUAAAAAGGCUUAUAAGAAGCUCGCCCGGGAAUGGCAUCCUGACAAAAACAAAGAUCCUGGAGCAGAAGACAAGUUCAUCCAAAUUAGCAAGGCUUAUGAGAUCCUUUCCAACGAAGAAAAGAGAUCGAAUUACGAUCACUACGGAGAUGCCGGAGAGAACCAGGGCUACCAGAAGCAGCAGCAACGAGAGUAUCGCUUCCGCCAUUUCCAUGAGAAUUUUUACUUUGAUGAGUCUUUUUUUCACUUCCCUUUUAAUUCGGAGCGGCGGGACUCCAUUGAUGAAAAGUAUUUAUUGCACUUCUCACAUUAUGUGAACGAAGUGGUUCCAGAUAGCUUCAAGAAACCCUACCUCAUUAAGAUCACCUCAGAUUGGUGCUUCAGCUGCAUCCACAUCGAGCCCGUUUGGAAAGAAGUGGUUCAAGAACUGGAAGGACUGGGUGUAGGAAUCGGCGUGGUCCACGCUGGGUACGAGAGACGCCUGGCCCAUCACCUGGGAGCACACAGCACACCCUCCAUCCUGGGAAUCAUAAAUGGGAAGAUCUCCUUCUUCCAUAAUGCAGUCGUCCGUGAGAACCUACGACAGUUUGUAGAAAGUCUUCUUCCAGGGAACUUGGUGGAGAAAGUUACAAAUAAAAAUUAUGUCCGAUUCCUCUCUGGCUGGCAGCAAGACAAUAAACCUCACGUCCUUCUGUUUGACCAAAUGCCCGUCGUACCACUGCUGUACAAGUUGACCGCUUUUGCAUACAAGGAUUACUUGUCAUUUGGAUAUGUACACGUCGGCUUGAGAGGGGCAGAAGAGAUAACAAGGCAAUACAACGUCAAUGUCUACACCCCCACCAUCUUGGUCUUUAAAGAACACAUCAACAAGCCUGCAGAUGUUAUCCAGGCCCGAGGUAUGAAGAAGCAGGUCAUUGACGACUUCAUCACCCAAAACAAGUAUCUACUAGCAGCCAGGCUCACCAGCCAGAAGUUGUUCCAUGAGCUGUGCCCCGUGAAACGGUCUCACCGACAGAGGAAGUACUGUGUGGUUUUACUGACUCCCGAGGCUACCAAGCUGGGGAAACCCUUUGAGGCUUUCCUGUCCUUUGCCCUGGCAAACACGCAGGACACAGUGAGAUUCGUGCACAUCUACAGUAACCGGCAGCAGGAGUUUGCCACCACCUUAUUACCGGACAGUGAUACGUUUCCAGGAAGAUCCGCGGUGUCUAUCUUGGAAAGGCGCACCACGGGAGGAAGGGUAGUGUAUAAAACCCUCGAAGCUCCCUGGACAGGGAGUGAGAGCGAUAAAUUCACCCUCCUGGGCUAUCUCGACCAGCUGCGCAGAGACCCCGCUCUCCUGUCCUCGGAGGCGGUGCUCCCCGACCUGACCGAUGAACUUGCCCCUAUCUUCCUCCUCCGGUGGCUCUACUCCGCUUCCGACUACGUCUCGGACUGCUGGGACAGCAUAUUCCACAACAACUGGCGGGAAAUGAUGCCCCUUCUGUCCCUGGUCUUCUCUGCCCUCUUCAUCCUCUUUGGCACAGUCAUCGUUCAGGCUUUCAGUGACUCGAACGAUGAGCGAGAGUCAAACCCUCCAGAUAAAGAGGAAGUCCACGAGAAGGCCGGGAAGACUGAGCCAAGCUUCACCAAAGAAAACAGCAGCAAGAUCCCUAAAAAGGGCUUCGUGGAGGUAACGGAACUCACAGACGUGACAUACACCAGUAACCUGGUCCGCCUGAGGCCGGGCCACAUGAACGUGGUCCUCAUCCUGUCAGACCCCACCAAGACCAGCCUACUGCAGAAGUUCGCGUUGGAGGUCUACACAUUCACUGGGAGCAGCUGCCUGCACUUCUCCUUCCUGAGUCUGGACAAACACAGAGAAUGGCUGGAGUACUUGCUGGAGUUUGCUCAAGAUGCCGCCCCGAUCCCAAACCAGUAUGACAAGCAUUUCAUGGAACGGGACUACACGGGUUACGUGCUGGCCCUGAACGGCCACAAGAAAUACUUCUGCCUCUUCAAGCCCCAGAAAGCAGUGGAAGAGGAGGAGGCCAUGGGGUCUUGCGGUGCCCUUGACUCUUCCCUCCAUCUGGGCGAAUCGCGGGGGAAACCUUCCUGUGGCCUUGGACCCAGGCCCGUCAAAGGAAAAUUGAGCAAGUUGUCCUUAUGGAUGGAGCGGCUGCUGGAAGGCUCCUUACAGAGGUUUUAUAUCCCGUCGUGGCCCGAACUAGACUGAGAGGGGCUCAAGAGAGACUUAAACUCUUCAGGCUUUUUAAUAGGCCCCUGCGAACAGGCCUUUUCAGGACUCAACCUAUCACCGAGGACAGAGAAUAGAUUCUAGAUUAUUCUUCUGGAACAAUGGCUAGAAGAAUCUUUCCUUUGUCCUGUUCUAACCUAGGAGUGAAAAACACCUCAAGCUGAAUCCCCCAGAUCAAAAGAUUUUCCUGUGGGUUUCUUCGCCCUCGUCUGAAUGCCACACCAUUUAAAGCAGA